AUGCUGAUAACGGAUUAUAUGACCAACAGAAUUCUCAAUCCCGAAUGGGAUCCAGUCGAGUUCCGACCUCAGGUAGCGUGGCGCGAAAUCCUGAGCCAGCCAGUCAGGUGCAUUCGGGCCGUAUGUCUGUCACCCCCCGACUACUAUCAUCCAAACAUCUGGGCCUUUUUGCUGUCCACGUCGGAAGAAGAUCCGACAGCGAUAAGACUUGAAUGUCAACCAACCGAGCGCCGCAGAACCACCAUCGUUCUACAAGGUUCUAGAGCCAGAAUUUUGUUCCGAAGAGAACCGGUCAUGAUCUUGGUCCCAAACGGUGCGGCAGCAACCUUUGUCCUGAGGGUGAACGAGGGAUUCACGGUGGAGGAUAUCUACAGCCUAAUUGUUAGGAAUAACCGGCACAAAUACGAGAUUGACGAAGAAGGUUGGAAUAGCCGAACCUGGGUUUAUGAUCAAAUGCACCUCUUCAACCGGCAUGGUAUUUUCGCCUACCAGGGCGAGGUCGAACUUGUGGAUGAUGCACUCCAUAAAAGGUGGCCAGAGGGGGGACCUAACAUGCUUGAGGAAGGGGCUUACUAUGGGUGA